AUAAUUCACAAACCUCAGAAGGCUGCAGUAGUGGGUGUAUUAAGUUAAGUUGCUUUGAGAAGUCCGCUCAGAUUGAAAUCAGCUCUGCACUUGUCUUCAGCGAGCUUAUCCUAAAGAAUAAGAAACGGUCUCAAAUUUGUGAAGUUUCAUUUUAAAUACAAAGCAGAAGACUCAUCAAGAAAUGUAGCAGAGAGCAGCCUGAUAAGUUCAUAGCUGAAAGAAACACUGGCCGACACCUCUGGAUGGAAAGCUCUCCUUUCUUCUAUUACUGAAAUGUAUUCCAGCAGAAUUUCAAUAGCAAAAUGACUCAGAAAUGUGUACAGUUUCUCAAGUAUACCCUGUUUGCAUUCAACUUAAUCUUCUGGGUCUGUGGAUGCCUCAUCCUGGGCUUUGGAAUAUACCUCAUGAUGCAGGACUACAUAGUUGGACUCUUCCCUAGCGUUCCCUUCUUUUCCAUCUCCAAUACUCUGAUCAUAGUUGGCACCAUAAUCAUGGUAGUGUCAUUUCUUGGAUGCCUCGGGUCCCUGAAGGAGAAUAAAUGUCUUCUUUGCUCAUUCUUCAUUUUGCUGUUACUCCUGCUUGUAACAGAGGUGUCAGUUGCCGUUGUUCUCUUGGUUAAAGAAUCAGAGAUUGAGGAACAAAUUACUAAGGAACUGAAGACGAGCUUGUCUCAGUAUCAAAACAGCACGUCCAAAACCUGGGAUGAAGUCCAGAAAAGAAUGGAAUGCUGUGGCAUAAGUUCCUCUAAAGACUGGAUUCCUGAAGUACCGGGUUCCUGCUGUAAGACUGACAAUUGUGACGUUUCAAAAACUGAUAAUUUAUGGAAAGAGGGCUGCCUUGACAAAGUGAAAAAAUGGUUUGAGAAAAAUUACCUGAAUGUGGGAAUUGGCAUCAUCUGUAUAUCCAUUAUUCAGGUGCUCGGAAUGUCGUUUGCAAUAACCCUCUACUGUCAUAUCUCCAAAUCUGGCAUGUCUUUCCCAUGAACUAAGGUCCAAAUAGAAAAUGAAGAAGAAGAAGAGUGGACUUUUCUUUGCUCAUCUGGCUGCUCCUUAUUCCUCAAUUUUGCAAGUAAAUCGACAGCACUGACAUCUCCUUUGAACAGCAAUCUUUACUUUGAUAUUAUGGGCUGAUGGACACCUGUAUGAUAUUUAACAGCAUAUUAUUGGUCAGAUUGACUUUCAGAUGGUCUGGGACCCUGCAAGUUCAUAUAUUUGGUAGGACUGGUCCAAUAUUACAUUAAAAUUAAAAUCUGUACUUUUAGAGUCUGUCAGACCGCAGACUUGUUGGAUCUUACUCUUCUGGGUGGUGUGUGUCACGUUGUAAAUAUAAGGUUCCUCUGUAGUGUUUUCUUUCCUCCAUGCCCACUGUACUGCACUGAAAUUCUCAUUUAUUCUCCUGUCUCCUCAAAGUCAAGAUGAAUUCUGUUAACCCUGAAGGGGAUAACACAAACUUUGAGGUAAAACAAAACAUAAAGUAAGACAAAAAGAUGAAGGCUUGAUUAAAUGCAGCAUGUAUCACUUCAGGAACCCCUUCUUAUUAAACAGCCAGACACAAAUGAUCUUACAGCACUUAAUGCUUCUUGUGAAGAGUGCGUCUCAAAAAUAAGCUGAAAUCAGUUGAUCCCUUGUGCGCCCUGAUAACAUUACUCUUCUUGUCCUGUCCCGAUCUGCCCGUUGUUUCCUAGCUGCAAUGGCCUUUGCCACUGAAAAAGCUAGUCUUCUUAUUAGUGUUAGCAGUUUAUGAAAUGACUAAUGCUCUAAUAAAAACUCUCAUGGUAGGCGGUGUUAUUGAAUAAACUAGAAAUCGGUCAAGUGCUCGAGGGUAUAGCUUUAAAAUGUGUGUAAUCCUUUCAGCAGGAAAUUAAAUGCUGAAGUGGUUAAAAGGAGAACUGCUCAUCAGUCUCAGUUUCAUUUCAACAAUGGCCGUUCCAGUCAGCAGGAUAUCUCAUCAUAGUUGUUCUUUUAUGGGUCAAGAGUUUACUCAAUGACAUUUAAGGUCGGAACCUGAAAGCUCCUUCAUUAACAACAUUUUCAAAUGCAGUCUGGCAGCUUGGGAGACAUUUAUUUGUAAAAGCCUGCAACAUUUCAAUACUUUUCUUAAAACCCUUAGCUCGUGCAUGUUAUUUGCAUAAUAAUGACCAUUUUUAUGUAUACCUUGUAAAAGGUUGUUGAAGUCCUAUUUGAAGGACUGAAGUAUUCCAGUUAUGCAAAGAAUUAUUAUUAUUAUUAUUAUAUGUGUGUGUGUUUUUGCUAGGAACCUAUGAAUUUUGUGUAGGGGUCAGAAUGACAUACAGCAGACAGCUGAACGCAGAAAUAUCAUACAGUUUAAACUCCGUCGUCAAUGCAGUUGUCUUUCUUCCUUUGGUGUGACUCAGGGUUCUGCGACGGGUGGGCUGAGAGGAAGCAGCAACUCAAACAGAAAUGACUCCCACCCUGAUAAAAUAUCACAGCUCAAGCAAUGCAGAAGAACCACCCAAGUCGCACCCUGAGGCCUAACUAUAUAGACCUUGUGCUUAUAUUGUCCUCUGGUCCAGGAAAGAUCAAAAAGCCAUUGUUUUGAAAAUUGCAUCAUCUCUGCAAAUAUGCAUGCUGUCCAUUGCUUUUUAUGAUUUUGUACUACAGUAUUUAUAUAUUAAUAAAAAUGUAAAUAUGACUUUU